GUUUGAACUCGUUCCUACUCUUCUCACGCCUCCCACAGCGCCAACGACGAGGCCCCCGUGAAAUCCGAUUUGUGCUCCGAGCCUGGGGAGCCAUGGGGCGCGACCCAAGGAAUCUCCUCCUUCGAAGCACCAACUGAAGUAGUGGCAGUGGCAGUGGCAAUUGCGUGAAACCUCUUCACCGACUCUGCACCGUCGGAGCCCACGUUUACAGGUACACAUCGAUAAGUAGCCCGCUUUUUCACCCUCAUAAGACCGUCUCAGACCCACCAUUACCAUGUGAGAGUUGCAAUCUCUUGUCUAGUAAGAAUUCGGGUACGAUGGAACAAACUCUUGGCAGUUUUGUUAUUUUCGUAACGAGAGGCUCCUUUUCCAUAAACGAGUUCCCUCCAUACGUCGCACGCUCCCGCCCAGAUUUCACGUUGCCGUGCGGUGGUGGUCAUCGGGAUGGGGAAGCGCCGGGUCGCGUAUGUCUCCGACGACGAUGACGAGGAUCCGAGGCGCCGAAACGAUGCGGACAACGACCGCAACGGCGACGGUGACUGGAAGGACAAGUGGAAGAAGAAGCUUCGAGUCGACGAGGAGGACGCGGAGGAGGGGGAGAUCGUUAGCGAGUCCAAGAAGGGCGGUGACGGUGGGGGCGGAGGGCGUGGAGGAGGAGAGGAGGAGGCCCGCGUCGAAGAGCUGGAGGAGGAGGAGGAGGAGGUGGCGAUGGAGCCACAGGGGGACGCUAAACCCAUCGGCGACGUAUUUAGGGUUUCCGGGAAGGGGCGGAGCAAGAAGAUGCACUAUUCAUCUUUUGAGUUCGACGGAAACGUCUUCGAGCUCGAGGAUCCUGUUUUGCUAACACCAGAGGAUUACAAGACGAAGCCGUAUGUCGCCAUCAUUAAGGACAUUGCACAAGAUGUAGAUGGCAACGUAUGGGUCACCGGCCAGUGGUUUUACCGUCCUGAAGAGGCAGUGAAAAAAGGAGGUGGACAUUGGGAAGCACAUGAUCACAGGGAACUCUUUUACAGUUUCCAUCUUGAUGAGGUGCCAGCGGAAUCUGUGAUGCACAAAUGUGUCGUUCAUUUUGUUCCUUUGAACAAGAAGUGGCCACUUCGUCAACAAUUUCCAGGUUUUAUAGUGCAAAAUGUCUAUGACACUGUUGAGAAAAAGCUCUGGAAGUUGACUACCAAAGACUAUGAGGGCACUAAACAACAUGAGAUAGAUCUCCUUGUUCAGAAGACACGAGAGUGCCUAGGGGAGCUAUCAGAUGUUGAGCUUGAAGAAACUUCUGCUUCCGCACCUGUUCCACUUGAUCAUUCUGAUCAGUCAGCAAAUAGGCGGAUUUUCAGAAGAAAGGGCAUGGACCCCAUUGAUGUCUCAAGAUCUGAUGAUGCAACAAAAACUGAGAAUCGGAUAAGAGCAGAAACACCAGGUAGUUGUACAAGUCACGGUUCAGAGUGCAAAACCAUUUUAGCAAAAUGCAAAGCAUUGACUGGUAAUUCAUACCGUGACAAGUGGUUGGAUAAACUUCUACAAGGAAUUAAAGUGGCAUAUUUUUCAAAAAAUUCUGGGUUGGCUGUCAUGAAUGGUAAUGGUGGAUCAGGAACUACUAUGGGAUCCAACAAAAAUAGCUCUGACACUGGAGAAAGCAUUUCUUGGCCAGAUUCAGCUGUCCAGGCUAUAACUGCACUCGAGAGAGUUACAUAUGAAGCCCUUUGUUCUGACUUCCAGAAAUAUAAUCAGAAAAUGAGACAAUUAGAUUUUAAUCUCAAGAACAGCACUGUUUUAGCUAGACGUUUGCUGAACAAAGAGUUGGACCCAACGGAAAUCUUGUUCAUGUCUCCCAAUGAGCUAAAGGAUGGUUUGACUGCAGAAAAAAAGGCACCAACGAGACCUGAAGCGUCAAAACACUUGCAGAUGACUGAUGCUCGAUGUUCGCGGUGCACCGAGAAAAAAGUAGGUGUUGUGGACAUUAUACACGCUGGUGGCCAUGGGGACCGAUAUCUGCUGGAGUGCACUGCCUGCGGUUACACAAGGUAUGCAUCCCGAGACGUCAUCUCAUCUCCGACGAUCGACGGCUGACGAUCUCGAUGCCCCAAGCGUUGCUGGAAAUGUGGGUGCUGCUCCUUGAGCCCACCCCGCGAGAAUCUGAGAAGCUGGCCACCGUUCUCUUUCAGAAUUCAACUGCAGCUUACGUGCCCGUUCUUGGAACCCACGGAUCAAGGGCCGAAGAUGGCUGGUUCCGCCUCUGCAGGUAACCGAACAUGACUAGACUCUAGGCACUCCGGUAGGUAUCGCCUCUGCAGUUGGCUUUUUUUUUUUUCUUUUUUUUUUUUGUAGGGUAAAAGUCAUAUCGACAGUUUCUUCCCUUAGAAUGGAUCACUUUUUUUGUAAAUGACCGUAUGCGGGUGCCGUGGCACCUAUGAAAUCUUCUUCAUAGUGAUUUCUACGGUUGGUCAAAGGUCAACCGAGUUUACUUCCAACGUAAUUAAGGGAGUCUAUGAUAGCUCAGUACAUGGGCUUAGUUAACAUGGGAAGGGAAGGUCGACUAAUUGUGUCGCUUUUUAGCGGG